ACCUUACCUCUGUGGAAAUCUGAACUAAGCACCUGGAACUUCACAGUUCCUAAAGCUCGAUUCAUUUGAAUCACGUGACUGUGAAAGUGCUCAGAAUCCAGUCCCAGCAGAGAAGCUGAAGCAGUUAGAAGGAUCUGUGUACAGUACACAGGGAUAAACGCUCUGCGCUUCUGUCGCGCUGUUUGCUGUAGUGUGUUUCAGAUGGCUGUGCUGUUUGGUUUACAGGCAAACAUUGUGCCUGUGUUUCUUACUACUGUUGUUUUAGUUUUAUUUUUAAUAUGGCAUAGUCGCCGUAAAGAAGCGGGUAAAAAAUUCAGAAGGCUUCCCCCAGGUCCUACUCCUGCACCAGUGGUUGGCAACUUCUUUCAGGUUUAUACAAAGGAACCGUAUAAAUGUUACCUGGAGCUCAGUAAAAAGCAUGGCUCUGUUUACACCCUCUGGUUUGCCAAUAUUCCUGUUGUGGUGAUAUCUGGGUACCAAGCUCUGAAAGAUGCCAUGAUUGGCAUGGGUGAGGAAUUUAGUGGCAGGCAAAACUACCCCACCUUAAUGAAGGUCACAAAUGGAUAUGGUGUUUUGGUCAGCAGUGGAAACAGGUGGAAGCAGCUUCGGAGGUUCUGUCUUUUAACCAUGAAAAACUUUGGAAUGGGUAAGCGGAGCAUUGAGAAUAAGGUGAAGGAAGAGGCCAACUGUUUGGUGCAAACUAUCAGCACAUUUAAAGACUAUCCUUUUAAUCCCACAGACUUAAUAUCUGAGGCAGUGGCCAAUGUGAUCUGCUCUGUUAUGUUUGGUCAAAGAUUUGAGUCUAAUGAUCCACAAUUGAAGAAUAUGAUUAAGGCUGUUAAUAGUUACUUCCUUUUUCUAAACAGCCCUGUUGGACAGCUCUGCAAUGUUUUCCCCAAAAUUGUUAGCCUUUUCUCUGGAAAGCUUCACGACAUGUUAACUCUUGUGGAGAAGGCCAAAGCUUAUGUUAAAGCUGAAGCAGAAACACGUUUGAAGAAUCUGGAUCCUUCUUUACCACCUCAUGACUUCAUUGAGGCUUUCCUAAUACAAAUGGAACAGGAGAAAAAUAAUCCUAAUACAGAAUUUAAUUCUGACAACUUAUUAAGCACAGUGUGGAGCAUGUUUAGUGCUGGCAUCGAGACCACCUCCUCAACACUCAGACAGGGUCUGCUGUUAAUGAUGAAACAUCCAGAUGUCCAAGCAAAAGUUCAGAAGGAAAUUGACGAAGUUGUGGGUCCCAGUCGGUGGCCUUCUAUUGAAGACAGACAGAACAUGCCAUACACAGAUGCAGUCAUUCACGAGAUUCAACGCAGCAUGGACCUUGCUCCCACUUCUGUUCCACAUAAAAUGCUUUAUGAUACUGAGUUCAAGAACUUUCUAAUACCCAAGAACACCAUGGUUCUUCCUCUCUUGUCAUCUGUGCUUUGUGAUCCUGAACUGUGGAAAAACCCUAACAAUUUUGACCCAGAAAACUUUCUGGAUGAAAUGGGUAGAUUCAAGAAGAACGAUGCAUUUGUCGUAUUUGGGAUGGGAAAGCGGGCCUGCUUGGGUGAGGCUCUGGCUCGAGUGGAGCUCUUCAUCUUCUUUACUUUCCUACUCCAGCACUUCACCUUCAAGGCAACUGAGCCAGUGGAACAGCUUGAUACAACUCCUGUUGCUUGCAGCUUUGGCCGUCUACCACGGUCAUAUGAAUGCUAUGCUGUGAAAAUGGCAUAAGUAGAUUUACAAUUUAAAAGAGCAUUUGGAUUAUCUACUGGUCAGGAUUGUUUUUACAAAAAAGUGAAUUUAUUAACUAUUAUUGUUAAGAUUAUAGUUAAUAUUCUUCGUAUUGCAAGCUUUGUCAAAUGGCCAUAUAACCAUCAACAUCCUACUUUUUUAGACACUGUUCUAACUCACAACUCUAUGCAGUGCUAUUCAUGGCACAAUCAUUAAAAGUUAUCGCGUGUUUAAGAAGCUUCACUAGUUUUUAGUACAAACAGAUAAGUAAAGAUUUAUAGACAAUCACGUCUGUAUGUAGACACCUGACUUAGUUUCGUCACUGAGGAAUUUUGGGUGCAGUUUUUAAUCACUAGAGGGCGUCAAAACGUGGGGUUUUACCCAGUGAAAACUAUUUUGAUAUAAAAAUUUAGAAUAAACUUGAGGCACUGUCACCUCACAGCAAGAAGGUCCUGGGUUCGAUCCCCAGGUGGGGCGAUCCGGGUCCUUUCUGUGUGGAGUUUGCAUGUUCUCCCCGUGCCUGCGUGGGUUUACUCCGGGUGCUCUGGUUUCCUCCCACAGUCCAAAGACGUGCAAGUGAGGUGAAUUGAAGAUACUAAAUUGUCCAUGACUGUGUUCGAUAUAACCUUGUGAACUGAUGAAUCUUGUAAAAUGAAACAGAACUACCGUUCCAGACAUGAAUGUAACCAAAAGUGUAAAACAUGACGUUAAAAUUCUAAUAAACAAACAAACUUACUCCA